AUGAGCAGUGAGGGGAUUGCUUCAGCGAUCCGAUAUCUGGCUGAAGCGAUUAGAGGCCUGUCCGCUGAGAUCAGCAGGUCUCGGCAAGCAAGUUCUAGUGCAGAGGUUCCUGAGGAGGAGCUGGGAGAGUGGGAGGUGAUUGAGGAGCAGAGUUCUGUGCCAGGAGCCCCUUCGGAUUUCAACGCCACAAUCCGGUUUGAGGCUGAAACUGGGCCCCCUCCGAUUCCAGAGUUUCUUUUGGCCCUUGCAAGAAAGAAGCUGAGAUCAACCAAAGCGUCUGCAGAAGAUCGAGCUGCGGCAGCGUUCUCAGAAGGUUUUUGGUGCAGGAUUGGCUGGCUUUGCAACGUUGAGUUGGUCUCCAACUACAACCCAGCGCUUCCGCCAACCAUCUGGCUCAUUCAGAAGGACCAAGGCAUCAGCAACUUGGCCCGCACCACAUCUCGCUGGGAGGCAGAUAGAUUGUGUGCGAGUAUUCCGGGUGCAUCUGUGGUUCAGAAGUUUCCCACGAUCACAGAGCUUCAAAUCUUCUGCGCGGGAGCACAACUCCCUCGCUCAGUGAGAUUUGCAAAGGCUACAUCACCAAGCCUUUUGAUUUUUGAUGUCCCUGAUCUGAUUUCGGCUGGAGGUGAGUCCGUGGCAACAUUUGCUUUGCCCUUGAUCUCCCGUCAGGGAGGUUUGUUGGUAGCCUUGCCGGUAGGGGUCUUAGAGGAUGAGGCCUUUGCCCGAUCUCCAGCCGACGAGGAUCAGAUGGUGGGACCUAUGAAGGUUUUUGAAGGUAUUGAGCUCUAUGAGGAAGACGACACUGGCUCAGGGGCAAUCCAGGUGACCCAGUGUGGCCUUUCAUGCUCAGUGGUGAUUUGUGAUUUUUUGGACACAGUUUUGCAGUACAUGAGGGAAUAUGAUCCAGUCACGGAUUCUACGACGGAGGUGAUCCCAUUUGAUGAAUCACGACCAGCAGCAGUUCCACUCCAUGCGGAGCUUCUUCAACCAGCCCUCGAUUGGGCACGGAGCGAGACCGAAGGGAGGGUCCUUUUUUACAGUGCUCGAGAAGAGCUGGAUGUCCCGGAUGGUCCACCCAUUGCAGCGCCCAAAAAGGCGACGGCAAAGAGGAUCUCCAAUGCAGCCCUGGCAGAGAAGGUUUCAGCGCUGACGGCCCAAAUGCAGUUGCUGAUGAAACAGCAGCCUGUGCAGGGGGGUGGACAGCCUCCAGCUAUCCCUGGCCCUCCGUCCCAACCUGCAGGUCAUGCUGCAGAGCUAGGGACUUUCAACUACGGUGCGCGCAUCCCACCGGUCAGUAUGGGCUUGGCAAAAGAAGGCGGGGCGAAGCAGACGCUGGUGGGCCCCCCUCCAAAGGUCAGAGCUCUCGCACCGGUGUUUCAGAUGCCAGCCGAAGAGCCUUACCACCCACUGGACGAUGGCCUUCAGCAGGACACAGCCAUGGCAGCAUUGACCCAACAGUCGGCAGCUUUGACGGCAUUGGUCAGCCACUUGAUCAACCAGGAGGGCUCCCUCGAUCUGAGUGGGGUCCCAGGAGCCUCCACAAGCUCCACCAAGGGGACUUUGAAGAGGGAGAGGAUGCAGCAGGAUUUGGCUGCGCGGAAGUCAAGUUUCUUCCUACAGGUCCAACAACAGGUCUACAAGAAGCUGCAUCCUUCCCGUUUGAUGCCAAAGACAGAAGAGGAUUUGGCUCAGGCACAGGUCUCCCUCCUAACUUACCUGGAAAGAUAUGGUGGCUACAGGGGGCAGAGGGAAGCCGGGCUUUGCAUGUGGAUUCUAGCCCACGCUAUGGAUGCUGCUGCCUCAAGCGACUUCUUGGCUACAAAGGAGUACUUGGCUCUUGCAGUGAUGGCAUUGGAGCAGAGUGUCUUCGAUGCGGGCGAUUGGUCUCUGGCCUACGUUUUGGCGAUGACAGAAGAUCCUCCUGCCACCCUUUUCACGGAAAGGAUGUCAACGAUUACUGCAGCGGGCCGGCCAUUCUCACCAUUGGUGCCGCCUGCCUUGGCAUCGACAAACCUGGCCUACAUCAAGGAGCUGGAGGUUCUGGCCACAAGAAGGUCAGAGACAAGAGCAAAGCGUGGGCAGCCUGGCGGAGUCCCAGAGCCCCCGGAGGCCAAAGGGGCCUCGCUUCCCGAAGAAGCCGAAGGCUAUAGCAGAUGCCUAGGCACGGCAUCUGGUUGCACGACACCCAUGGCCAUUAGUCUUGAAGAAAUUUUGUUUGGCCCUGGCAAAUCCCGAGAAUUUGAACAGCACAGACAGGCCUGCAAUAAGGCCUCUUACGAGUCUUUUUCAGGCAUUUUGCCUUUGGAUGGACAAGACGGCAGUUCCCAUGUUGAUGUUCCUGUGGAGAAGGAGACUGCCGAGAAGCCAUCUGAAAUCCAGCUUGUCAGCUAUUUGCAGUGGUGUUCCAAGCUGACGAAAUUAGUUUUGAGAACAAGGACAACGUUUUCCGCGUUCUUGCACCUUUCCAUCCGUAUCUCCAAGUCCCUUUGCCCUAGGGGCAGGCUUGCACCGACUUUCUUCCCUAUCCCAGUGCCACUUCAAGGUAUCUUCGAUCGGAUGACAGCAGCUCCAUCUCAGAAGAAGCGCAUCUCCCUCUCCCUCAACAGAGCUGUUCACGUCGUUUCUAUGGCUAUGAAUUUUUGGCAUUUUGGAGGAGAUUUCCGAGAAAGAGAUGAGCUGUGGCAGACCCCAAACUCCAUGCACAGAAGGUUUUAUGGUUUUGUGAGGUCUAUCAUCAAGUCGGACGGCCUGAGCACAGAGUUUGACAUACUGCGCUCGGGACGUAGGAAUCCAGAGCUUUUUGCGCGACUUUUUGACUUGGUAGAUUUUUUCAAGGCGAAAGGAUGUUCAGCUGGUCCCUAUGACAGAGCUUUCCAAGGCUAUGAGGUUCCCAGAGACGAAUUUCGUUUCCCUGAGUUGCAGCCUUACCGAGAUUUGGAUCCAGCACGUUUGAAGGUGACGGGCAGGGGCCAUUGGGACAUUUCAGACUAUUUGACGGAGAAUUUGCUUAUGGCCUACAAGGAGCCCCUGAUUCUGAGACUGGACAGAACUCCUCAGCCUUGGGAAUAUCCUCGCCUGCGAGACGACCAAGAAACUAUUCUCAAACUUGCUCAGGUUUGGGACAAGAAUGGGCUUUUGCUGCUACACCGUGAUGGUGUGGAUGAAAGGAGAGAUUUUCAGAAGGUACGUAUCUUCAAUGCCUACAAAUCCAAGACGGUAGACCGCCAGAUCGGCGAUCGCAGGGGCAUGAAUGCAGUUGAGGCUGUAAUCAAAGGCCCUAGCAACAAUUUGCCUGCAGGAGCAGAUCUGUGUGAUGUGGUGGUAGACACAAAGCGGCAACGCUUGUCGAUAUCCAUUUCUGACCGGAAGGACUACUACCAUCAGAUCCAGGUCACCAGGCAACGAGCUGUGUCAAACACACUGGGGCCUGGUCUACCCGAGGAAUGGCUCGAGGGCCUCGAUGCGUAUGGCGUUUUUCUCUUGAGGGCAGCAUCAAAGAAGCGGUAUGACAGGUUGCGUGAUGGUGACCAGCUUGGAGUCCAACUUACGGCAAACAAGCCGUGCCGGCACAGCACCCAGUUUGAGGGCCUUGUGAUUGAUGAUUUUUUCAGUGUUUCAGUGGAGCCUCAGGGUAUGUCGGCUGAUCAGGCAGUGGCCGUCAAGUCUUACCAUCUGGCGCAGCAGGCAUAUGAGGCUGUUGGACUUCAAGGCUCACCAGACAAGGACAAGUGCGGCGUCGAUGAGGGCAAAACAAUAGGAGCCUACUUGAACAGUGCCCAUCGGGCUUUAAGUAGGGGAGUUUGCACUGUUGGGGCACCAGUUGAGAAGCGCCUUUCCUUAGCAGUCCUUUCACUCCAGCUUUCACAGUUACCUUUGACUACUUAUGGUCUUCACAGCUGUGUUAUGGGCGCUUGGGUUUCGAUGAUGAUCUACAGGCGUCCGAUGAUGUCCUUGUUUGACGCUGCAUUCAGACUGGUGGUGGGCGAUGAGGCUGCGACUAGAAACCAAGAGACUCUUCCUCUCCCUCGGAAGGUGGCGCAAGAGCUUACUCUGGCUGCAGUGCUUUCCCCUUUGAUGCUGUCUAACAUCGGGGCACAGUUUGAUGAUUUUAUUUAUGCUACAGAUGCCUCUGAGGAGAAAGGUGCGAUCUGCAGAGCAAAGGUUUCUAGACAGUGGCAAGAGGUCCUUUUCAGAAGUUGCCGCACAAAGGGUGCGUACACCCGUUUGCUGUCUCCAGUACAGGCCCUUUUGACAAAGAUCAACGAGUACGAGGAGGUCGGUGAUGAGAAAAUAGACCUUCCCACAGAAAAGCCCGGAAGGCCUUUGGCUUUUGUGUUUGAGUUCCUGGAAAUUUUCUCAGGGGCUAGUGGAGUGACGGAAUUUGUCAGCGGCUUUGGGGUGGUAUGUGGGCCUCCUAUUGACAUUUCCAUCUCAGAGGAGUACAACAUGAAGGAACCUCAUCUGGUGGCUUGGGUAACUCAUCUGCUUGCGGAGGGAACCUUGAAGGCAGUGCUCCUUAUGCCUCCUUGCACGACUUUUUCUAUCAUGAGGAGACAUGCCUUGAGAGACAAGUCUUUUCCUUUUGGCUAUGACCCUUCAGAUCCUCAGACUGAGGACGGCAACAUCCUGGCUCAUAGGUCUUUUCAGGUUGGUUUUACAGCAGCGGCAAAUGGGGCUAUUGCAGUGAUUGAGAAACCUCAUUCUUCAAAGAUGAAGUACCUCCCAUCAUGGGAAGUCCUUUGCAACCUUGCAGCAGCCUCGUUGGUGCGCUCAGACUCCUGCCAGUUUGGAUCCAUACACAGAAAGAGCUUUUCCUUUUUGGGGAUCAAUGUGGAUUUGCAGCCCAUUGCCUUGCGCUGCCCUGGAACAUGCAACCAUGUGCAGAUUCAAGGGGCCUACACAAAAGCAUCGGCCACUUAUGUCCCCAGACUUGCCUAUGGACUUGCGCAUUGCAUAGCACAUGGAGUUUUGCAGAUACGCAAGCAUGCUUUUGACGUGGCAGGAAGUGAAGGGUCAGGCUUGGAAUCCCAACUUGUCAACGAGGUCAUGCUCACAUCGGAUUGGGAAGUUUUGAAGGUAUGGAGUUUCAAGGCACAAAGCCACAUCAACCUCUUGGAGCUGAAAUCUGCCGAACGUUUGGUUGAGACUCAGGUCAAGCGUUUAGCAUCCAUGCGUUUCCUUUCACUGGUAGAUUCAAAUGUUUCGAGAGGAGCUCUGGGCAAGGGUCGAUCAGCUUCAAAAGCGGUUAUGGCCAUUCUUCGCAGGAUCAACUCAACCUUGGUUGCAGGAGACCUCUACAUGGUAAACCCUUUUUGCCCGACGAGACUGAAUGUGGCAGAUGAUCCCACCAGGGAUAGAGACCUUAGGCUCAUUAUCCUCCUGAGUUUUCCAUCCUUUCUUCAAUGGGGCGACCGGUUGGACUUUAGCUGUAUGGACUUUGACAGCACCUUGGGUUACCCUGGACUACCUGAAGGCCGUGUCACUCUUGAGGUGACAAAUAGACUGCGAGAGAGAUACUGGAAGAGUUUUUUGGAAUGGUGUCAGAGUGAAGGUUUAAAUUUUGAAGCUUUGCUGCGAGAGUACCACCUGCAUGUGGACGAAAUCAAUUUGGUUUUGACGAAGUACGGAAGGCUCCUCUACACAGCUGGAAAGCCUUAUGCAGUCUAUGCCGAGACCAUAAACAUGCUUACGUCAAAGAAACCUGUUUUGAGGCGUCAACUGCAAGGAGCUUUGGACUUGGCGUUUAACUGGGUUCAGGCAGAGCCUUCUGCACACCACAUAGCUAUGCCCUGGCAGGUUCUGUUGUCACUACUUUCAGUAUCCCUUAUGUGGGGAUGGGUCGAUGUGGCAGGUUGUAUUGCUUUAGGUUGGGGUGCACUCCUCAGAGCUGGUGAGAUUUUUGCUGCGAAGAGGCGAGACCUUUUAUUACCACGCGACGUGGAUGAGACCAUCCUUUUUGCAAUCCUGUCCAUACAUGAACCGAAAACGAGACAUUCAGGACCUCGCCAUCAGGCGGCCAAGCUGGAUACACCAGAUCUACUGCAGGUCGUCGAUUUAGCUUUUGGUGGGAAGUCUGAAGGGACCCGACUAUGGGAAAAGUCAGGUCAAACUCUUAGGAUGCGUUUCAAAGAGCUUUUACGCGAACUGCGCCUUCCACUGGAGAAGUUCAAUGGCAUGAAACCAUUAGACCUUGGUAGCCUACGUGCAGGAGGUGCAACGUGGCAUCUCCAGGUUACUGAGAACAGUGAAUACUGUCGCAGAAAAGGACGCUGGAUCAACAUGAAAACCAUGGAGAUCUAUGUACAAGAGACCACUUCUAUCUUGUACUUGAAACGCAUCCCUAGUGAAGCUCGAACGAAAGUCCUUACUGUUGCGCAGAUCAAGAGAUUGAAUUUGGAAGAUGGUUCGUACACGGACUUGUGCAAUAUUCCGGGACGAUGUCUGAAUGCUUGUGGAAUCCAUCCCCAGACCAACCUGCUUUACUGCAAUGAGCGCCCCGGUAACGACAAUCUUGUUCGAGUGGAUUGCGAUAUCAAUGUGGCGGAGCUGGAAACGAGAACUGUGGAGGGGACCGUGGGAGCGUAUGUGCCAGUGACCGGCUCGCUUUGCUUCUUGGGUCGUCUACAGAAUACCUUCUCUGCCAACCUGGAUGUGGAUGGCAACUUCUGGUUCAAGACCAAGGACGAAAACUUUGGCACCCGGGGGGGCGCUCUCUACCGCAUCACCAAUGCCACGCUCGGCACGUUGAUUGGCAGCACCGUGCCAGUCACCAGUGGUCCACGCAUCGAUGGAGCACGCGAUAACCAAGUGGUGGUGGGUCGACAAAACUUGCAGCGGAUAUUUGAUCUGAACGUGGUGUUUUUGGACUUUGGUCCAACCCUUGGUGUGGGCGAACAGGAAUACGUGGUCGGCUGCUGGAGCAACCUUGUGUAUGUGCAGCAGGUGGUGCAAGCUCUGGGGAAGACGAUCUGCACCAUCUGGCCAUUGUGGCCCUCCUUUUGGGGUGCUCUGCUGUUGGCUCCUCGGGGUUUGCUUCUCCCUGAAUUGUCUGCAAAGGUGGAUCGCUUGGCAGCACGAAUUGAGGCAAUUGAAGGUCAGCGUGGCCAAUUUGAGCCAGCACCUGGCCAUGUCUACAAGUGCAGGCCCACCAAGCCCAUUGAUUUGGCCAACAAGGCGUACAUUGUGCUCAAGGCCCCAGAUUUUGAGUGUCCCUUGCUGCGUGAGUCGGCAUCUGCAUAUCGUUCCAGUGUCCAGGGUUUUGGAAGCGAACUGAACAUAGCGUUGGAUUUGGAAGAGGAGGCUUCAGAAGCUAUUUUGGCACAGGCCGCCAUUUUGAUGCGAAGAGAGGGAGGGUUACUGUUAGCUUUGCCUUCAGGCACCCUCUCAGCAGAUCAGUUGCCGCCAACUUCAGAAGGAGAUCCUUUUUCAGUUUUUGGGGCAAAAACCCUCGCUACAGUUCCUGCACAGCUUCUUUUUGCAGAGGAAGAGGUGGAGCUCCUAGAUGUUCUUUUUGUAGAUGCAGAGGUUUCGAUUCGAAAUUUCAUGGAGGUCAUGCCAGACCCUGCUGUUCCCGAGUCCAUGAUCACGUUUGGAUCAGGCCCAGCAGGUUUACCAGAUGUGCCAGCUGUGAUGGCCGCAGCCAGAAAGUGGAUUGCGUCUACGGCACAUCAAGCCCCAGAAAUGCUCUGCGGCAGAGGAGCAGGCAGACGGGGAGACUAUGAGCCUCACAAGGAAUGCAGGGACCGCUCCAAACGCCACUCCAAAGCCCAAGAACAAAAGAAUGACCAAUGCAAAUGUGGCAGAGAAGCUCGCAGAGGUGGCUGGUCUUUUGCCAACUCUGACAACUCAGAUAGAUGCACUACAGAGGGGGCAGGAGGAGCUACGUGUUCAGAUGCAGCACCAUGCAACGUCCCCACCAAGAGCCAGCCAGAUGCCUGUUUCAGCGCCUCUUCAGAGUUUUGCGAAGAUGAUGGGGAGCCCUCCGAGAACGAAAGCACCAGCGGCUGUAGUGAGGGCAUAAGAGCAGCCACCUAUGGCCACACACAUGGUAGAGGGCGGGGAGGUGGAAGUAGCGAUGCCAGCAGGCAAUAUGCUGGCCCAUGCAGUUCUCCAGCAAUCGAAGGCCCUUACGAGCUUGGAGGAUUUUUCCUUGCGGUCUUCCAGAACAUGUGCAAGAGGGUAAAGCCGGCUUCGAAAUUGCCAGGGACGGUGGAGGCUGCUCAAGCCAUGGACCUGUCGAUGUUGACCUGCUUAGAGAAAUUCGGUGGCUACGGAUCUUGUCACGAGUGGGGUCUGAUACAGUCUGGGGCACAUCUUCGACUGUGCACUGAACGAGGAUCUGGAGGGGGUGAGAGAGAACAUUGCUCUAACUAUGACUGCACUCAAGCAGCUCAGGACGACAACACGUGGGACCUGGCGUAUCCACUUAUGCUGUUGGAGGAACCGCCCAGCCAGCUUUGGAGCUAUCGUCCUGCUGUGACACAAGGCAGGCUGCGGGCUUUCGCCCCCUUGUGUGCCCAGAAGUGUGCGAUUGUGGCCCUAGCAUAUGCAAAGGAGGCGGACUACAUCCAGAAUCGCAAGGCCGAGAUCAGCAAGCCAAAGCAGCAGGCCACAGAAGUGACUGCGACUUGCGGGAGGGGAGCUUUGGCUUGUAGUGAGAAGAUGCCUGUUGCAAAAGCUUCUGACUAUGGCGAACGGAGGAAGCUCCUUCAUGUGGCUGUCAUGGCCCUCAACUUCACUCAUGACCGAGCUCCCCUGUCCUAUCUGAUGUGGCAACAGUUGCCAGGUGUGGUCUCUAGGUUAGCCAAGGUUUGGGAUGCUAGAGGUUUGCUGCGGCUGGUUCCAAGCGAGUUAGCGCCCGCUGAUUAUCGCCUGUUCACCAGAGUGUUCAACAACUACAAGCCGGUUGAUGCAGACCGGCAAAUUGGUGAUCGCCGUGGAACUUUACUGAAGGGCGCAGCCCUUUUGUUGACUGCGAAAGGGGCCUAUGCUGAACAUGAUGUCUAUGGCUCUGAUGACAAAGAUGUUUAUGGAAAGAGGGUCUUCAAGGUUGUUGGCGCUGAAGUUGAUUCUAGAGAUGAAGUGGUGGGAAGCGGGGCUGUAAUAUGUGGCCCGACUGCUGGCAAGAGAAUUGCAUUGGCCUUGGUCGCCGCGCUUUCUAGCUCAUGGCCCUACACCAGUGAUAGCCUGGAUGCAAGCUUGGUUGGCUCAAUUGUGUCUGCACGGAUGUUUCGCAGACUCCCCAUGGCUAUCCUUGACCAAGUCUUCCAUGUGGUGUCCCCGAAAGAGCUUGACCCGGAGCAUCCAGUGUUGAGGCCUCUCAGCAGAGCUGCAGCUCAAGAGCUUGCUAUUUUUGCUGCACUAGCUCCGGUUUGUUGCUCAAACCUGGCAGUGCCCAUGCAUCCAAAGAUCUAUGCCACAGUCAUCUCUCACACCUAUGGUCCUGACUUUGAGCAGUUGCCUACGUCAUUUUUUGGUGAGGAGGAGGAACGCACGAGCUACGAAAACCCAGUGGGCUUUGACCGUACAAGUCCCAGAGUCCUUCAGGGAAAUGCUUUGGCAGCAUGCAAGCGUACAGAGGCGAUGGGAGUGCUGAAGGCAUUGGUGGACCCCAUUUCCAAUGACCUCGCGUUGUCCUGCGAGUGGAAGAUCGAAGGGAAGAAUCUCCUCGAAUGCCCUAAGACCUAUGCUACGGCAGUCUGCAGCGCUUUCAGUCCGUUUUGGGAUUACCUUGCUGGGCUAGAUCCGGCCACGCAGAGCCAUGGAGAUCGAAUGCGUCAGGCUGCUAGAGCAGGGAUCGAACUGGGAUUGGAGAAGUCUAUCAAGCAUGCGGAAGAGACUUUGUUCUGCCAUCAGAUGUACUACAAACCUUGGGUCUUCCACACCGACCAGGACAGAGGCCGAAGCCUCUGGCUCAUUCGGGCGACAGAAAAUAUUGAGCUGGUUCGGAGAAGGGGGCGUUGGGCAUCCUGCAAAUUUUUGGAGAUUUAUCUCCAGGAAGUUGCUGCAGAAACCUAUAUUAAUGACUUGGAAGACUCUUAA